AUGGCUGAUCAAGAUCAAAACGAUCCAAAGAGUAUAGCAUCACCGAAUCAACUAACAAACAAGCGAUCGAGUGUCACCGCUGCCAACCUGGCAAUGUUGAUCGAUAGUGAUGACGAUGACGAUGACGACGAUGAUCAAGACGAUCUAGAUGAUGAUAAAAUCGAUGCUUUAAUAAAAACAGAGGAUUCACAACCAUUGACAACCAAAGAUGUUACUAAUAUGAUAUUAGAGAAACUAAAGAAUCAAAUGUUGGAGCCAAUGAAAUUCUCAUCACUCACAGAAGCUCUAGAAACAGCACAAGAAGAUCAAAAUCAUCUCAUUUUCAUUGUAUAUUGUGUAGAUUGGUUCAAUUUAGCAAGACAAACUUAUGAUAACUUUCAAUCUAUAGCAAAAGAUAAAGAUAUAUUGGUAUUCUUUAUAAAUCAAUCUUCAAACGAUUAUGUGAAAGAGAAUUAUAAUGAUAUUGCUGGUAUUCCAACCAUAAAAGUAUAUUACAAACAGAUACCUAUAAAGAUUAAAAGAAACGAUUUGGAAUAUGAAUGGACAGAUGAAGAAAGACUCAAAGGUUUCAUUUCACCGACCAACCUACAAGAACUAGUGAACGAGUGUAAAGAUUGUAAAAAUAGCUAUGAUAGCCAACAGGCAUCAGAUUCCAUAUUACCUUUGAAUUUAGAAGUUAAAUUGGGAUUUUUAAUAUAUAAAUACUAA